CAGGGCCCUCCUGGUCGUACUUAUCUGCGGGUCCAGGAGGUCAGUUGAUGUUUUUGGCUGUGUCUCUUGCCACCAUCCUCCACUGAGAAGCGCAAAAUGACUUCCUACACUGACAAAGGAGAAAAGCCAGAGAGGGGGCGAUUUGUUAAAUUCCAUCAUCUCACCUUCUGGGUUGGAAAUGCUAAGCAGGCAGCUGCAUUCUACUGCGAUAAGAUGGGUUUUGAGCCCUUCGCCUACAAGGGCCUGGAGACGGGCAGCAGGGAGGUGGUGUCCCACGUCAUCCGGCAGGAUAAGAUAUUGUUCGUUUUUCAGUCAGCACUGAACCCCGGAAAUGAAGAAAUCGGGGAGCACCUGAUCAAGCAUGGAGAUGCUGUCAAGGACAUAGCAUUUCAAGUGGAAGACUGUGACUUUUUAGUGCAGAAAGCUAAAGAACGAGCCGCUGUGAUCGUCAAAGAGCCCUGGGUGGAGCAAGAUGCAUUCGGGAAAGUGAAAUAUGCCAUCGUGCAAACUUACGGUGACACGACACACACAUUGAUUGAGUACCUGGGACCCUACAAAGGGCUCUUUCUGCCUGGAUACAAAGAACCCCUCUUCAAGGAUCCUUCGCUACCUAAGCUGCCGCCGGGCAAUCUGAAUUUCAUUGAUCACAUCGUGGGAAACCAGCCAGACAACAAAAUGGAGCCGGUAUCAGACUGGUACCAGAAGUGCCUGCUGUUUCACCGCUUCUGGUCGAUAGACGACACCCAGCUUCACACGCAGUACAGCUCCCUGAGAUCCAUCGUGGUCACCAACUACGAGGAGACCAUCAAGAUGCCCAUUAACGAGCCGGCCCAGGGGAAGAGGAAGUCCCAGAUCCAGGAGUAUGUGGAUUACAAUGGUGGAGCUGGAGUGCAGCACAUCGCUCUCAACACCUCAAACAUCAUCCAAGCAAUUAUCAACCUCAAAGCCCGUGGGAUGGACUUCCUGUCGGCUCCUGACAGUUACUACAAAGCCCUACGUGAGAAACUUAAGACGGCAAAGAUCAAAGUGAAGGAGGACCUCAACAAACUGCAGGAACUGAAAAUCUUGGUGGAUUUCGAUGACAAGGGCUACCUUCUCCAGAUCUUCAGCAAACCUGUACAAGACCGGCCUACUCUCUUUCUGGAAGUUAUUCAACGACACAACCACUUUGGCUUCGGGGCAGGAAACUUCCAGUCUCUUUUUGAAGCCAUAGAGAAGGACCAGGAAGCCAGGGGCAAUCUCACAGUGUUGACUCCAGACGCCCAACCCAAGACUUUUCACUAGCGCGCCCGGCUAACUCAGGACCCCGACCAGAUCGCACGCCAAUAAAUCCAAUGCAAAUGGUGCGCUUUGGUAUCCUUAGUUCUUCUUCCCAGCUUUUUGAGUUGGCUCUCAACUUAGUCAAACCCCCAGUUGUGGUAUUCCUGUUUUGGCUAUGAAGUUCCAGAAAAAAAGCAUUAUUUGAGAGCUGGUGUACUUCUCUAAUAUGCACAAUUAUCUCUAUUUAAGCAAACUGUUAGAAACUUCAAACACUUGCUAUGCAGUACAUAUUUUCAUUUGUAUUAGUUUUUUAAACUGGGAAAAGAUGUGUAUACAGCAAACUUCAGUGGGGUAAGGAUUCUGAAAGAUUCUUGAACUAUUCCAUUGUAUUGAGGCAGUACACUUUUCUUUGAUCAUUCAACCUAAUGCCCUGUCACAGAACAUCCAUCCAAGAUUUUAAGACAAACAACUGAAAUCAGUGAAAUCAUAUAUUACUGCAAAAAAAAAAAAACAACAACUGAAAGAUACAUUUCAUUAAAGUUUUACCAAAC